UUUGCUGACAUGAUACCGAAAGACACGCUCGAGGAGAGUACUCAGGACGACCGUUGGGUUUGCCCAGUAGCGCAUUUGGCGUGCUGAGACCAUGGCGCGCUCACUGCUACUGGUGACUCUUCUGAUCGCGGCUUCUAUCCACAUUUUCGCAGACAAUGAAGUCCCACGGCUGAGCAGCUUUCGCAAAGACCAUAUCCGAUUUUACUUUUUCAACAAGGGCAACGCACAUCUGGAUAAGGGAUACCAAAUUGGAAAUGAAUUCAACGUGCAGGACAUCUUGGCAUCUGGCUUCCGACCAACCAAUCAGACUAAAGUGAUCAUCCCUGGAUGGUCCAGUGCAGUCAAUAACCCAAUCAUACAACUUCUUAAAAAUGCCUAUUUCGUCUCGGAUGAGCCCAACGUGAUCGUAGUCGACUGGAGCGACCUGAGCUACUUGCCUAUCGGCAAUGUCCAGGCAAUAGGGAAGCGCGCAGCCCAGCUCCUGGACUUCAUGGUUCGAGAGGACCUGCUGCGACUGGAUUGGCUGCACAUCGUCGGCAUGAGCGAGUCCUCGCACAUCGCGGGAGUCACUGGAGAGAGCAUCUCCACGGGCCGCGCCGCGCGUAUCACAGGCCUUGACCCAUCCCGCCCGUUCAUCAACAUGAAGGUGAAGGACGGCCGUCUGUCGGACGACGACGCGGACCUGGUGGACGUGGUGCACACCAACGCCGGCACCCUGGGCGAGCAGGCCGCCGUCGGCCACCUCGACUUCUACGCCAACGGCGGCAAGAAGCAGCCGGGCUGCGACCGGGAGUUCAUCGGGUCUUGUUCGCACGAGCGCGCGGUGCGUCUGUUCGCCGAGUCCAUCAACAGCCCCGACGCGUUCAAGGGGUGGCGGUGCGACGACGAGUGGGCUGCCCUGCACCAGCGCUGCCCCGACAGUGGCGUGGAGGCGACCAUGGGCGAACACCUCAGCUACAGUCAGCAUGGCUCAUACUUCCUGACGACCAACGGGGCAAGCCCGUUCGGCCUGGGUGACUGAGCGAGCGGAGCAAGGACUACGGCGAAGUGCAUCAAUCCCGAUCGAUCCACCUCCAUCCGAAGACGCUGCCGAAAGCCCCUGCGCGAGGCGUGAUGAAGUGUCCCUCGGCUACACUCUACAUUUAGAGUGUACCCCUACAUGAAUUUGUUCAUUUCCUAAAGUUUGAGUUUCAUCGUUUGACAGUUGUAGUGUAUCAUCGUAACGGACUUAUAUGUACUCGGUAUAAUUAAAUGGUUGAGAACAUUCA